GGACAGCAAUAUGUGUCAUGUCAUUGUUACUUGUCGCUCAAUGCUAUGGACACUCCUGAGUAUUGUUGUGGCGUUUGCAGAGCUCAUUGCAUUCAUGAGUGCUGAUUGGCUGAUUGGCAAGGCAAAACCCAGCAGUUCCGAGGACACAGAUAACAGGACUGGAGGAUCGCUGGAACCGUAUCAUCCUACUUUGGGCAUCUACGGACGUUGCAUCAGAAUCCCGUACAUGCAGGUUUCCAGGCAAGACACACUUUGUGGCCCUUAUGCGGAGAACUUCAAUGAGAUUGCCAGUGGAUUCUGGCAGGCUACUGCUAUUUUCCUCGCCGUGGGGAUCUUGAUACUCUGUGCUGUUGCAUUUGUAUCCGUUUUCACCAUGUGUAUACAGAGUAUUAUGAAGAAAAGUAUUUUUAAUGUCUGUGGGCUGCUACAAGGGAUUGCAGGUCUUUUCCUUAUCCUAGGCUUGAUCUUAUACCCUGCUGGUUGGGGUUGCCAGAAAGCAAAAGUCUAUUGUGGACCUUAUGCUUCUGCUUAUAAACUUGGUGACUGUUCCUUAGGCUGGGCUUUCUACACUGCUAUUGGUGGCACUGUCCUGACAUUCAUCUGUGCAGUCUUCUCUGCCCAAGCUGAAAUUGCCACGUCCAGCGACAAAGUACAGGAGGAAAUUGAAGAGGGGAAGAGCCUUAUCUGCCUCCUUUAAUGGGCCAGGAAAAUGUGUCUCAGAAGAAGUGGUUUCACGUAGCUCAAUAAAUGGACUCCCAUACAAGGUAAUGGAGAUGCAGACCCGCUGGAGAUCAAGCAAUACAUUCUCACUUGAUAGGCACAGAAGGCUACAUGUAGUAUAAGACAAUAUGUUAACGAUGCUACAAAACUCUUGUUGGCUUCAACUUUCUAUGAACAGUGCCUAACUAUUGUGAAAGCAAGUGAGUCUACUUUAUCUACAUUCACUGUGAUGAAGGAUCAUUUGAAGGAUUUUGUUUAAAAUAAACCAACAUGUUUCUAAGCUGCACUCCCCAAGAAGAUAUAACUAAAGUUUGAUUUUAAUCACAUAUUGAUAACAUCCUCCACAGCAUGUUUUCAGGAUGCAUUUUUGAAGGGAAAAAAGCACAACUGUUUAUUUUGUAUGCAACUGUUUAUGAAAAAAAGGUUGCAUUAGGGAACAAGCAGCAAUUCAAAUACAAACUUGGGAUGGGGUGGGGGGGGGAGGUGUUGCCUUGAUUUUAGUUUCAACAGUAAAUAUUGAAACUAAAACCAGUAGUUUAGUAAAUCUGUGCACCUCAGAGCUUAAAGAAGAGAACAUAGUGUACUGUAGCAGCCAGACUAAAAAUUAAAUUAUUUUGGUCUCAAAGCACAAGCACACACCCCACCAUCACCCCCAUAUCUUGUGAUUGCUUUACCUGUAUAAGUGUAGGUAGGUAAAGACUCUUAGCAUAUAGCAUAUGAAGUUCUGAGCCCUCACUGUGGCCACAUCCAUAUACAGGGACAAUAGCAAGCACAGUUGAUGAAGGGAUUGUGAAUACCAACAACUGCGUCUUAUUUAAAAUACAGACUUCCAUCAUCUCACCACAGAUAUGCCUAAAGAAGUCACAUUAGCCUGUGGCACUGCAUGAAAAUUUGAUAGAAAUGUGUAAAAAUAAAGAUAAUUACAUCUAUAGGAAGUGCUGAUGGGUGUAGUCAGAUCAUUUCCCAAGAAUGACCCUCUUCCAUUAGACAUUGUGUAAUUUUUAAAAUUCCUUUAGUAUUUUUGUAAACACAUUAAAGAAAAAUAACAGUAUGCUGCAGUGGUGGAUAUGUAAGCAAAAUGAAAGGAUGUUUGAUGGCUAUCUUCCACAUUUGAUUGUUAUAUUUUCUGAAGAUUUAAUAUUUACAUUGUGCAUUUUGGUCAUCAGUAGAAAGAAAACACACAGGAAUUGGAGGGUAAGAUUCUAGACCAAAAUACUACAAACCACUAAUGAUGACCACUUUUAAAAAUUUUUUCCAAGACUUAAAUGUAAGUUUUUAGCAAAAAGGAAUGUAAAUUUAAAUGUCUACUCAUCUAACUCAGGAUUGGUGUGUGUACAUAUGUGUGUGUGUGGCGCCAUGGCUGCUUCUUUAGGCACUGCUAUAACACUUUGCAUGCAUUCAAGGCACAUACAUUAAUAGGUCACAGUGUUCUUACAUUUUGUGGUUCCUCUGUUGAGCCAAACUGUGCUUGUGAGAUUUCCACGUUGGUCAACAGAAACCAAGUUGACCCUCUCUACAAAGCUGCUGUUGCUGCCAUUUUGUAUGAUCAAAAACUUCAUGUGCUCCCCUCAUGGGAGCUUCAAAAGGUGCUGUACUAGCCACAUCAAGUUGUCAAGACAACUAUGAAGUGUAACAGAAGGGCAAUAAAGGGUCUUCCAAAUAUAGUGAUGUGGUUUAGCAAAGGAAGCCAACCUCACCUAGCCUACAAACCCAGCAGAUUAACAUUGUUCUACAGCUUUGCAGACAACAACACAAGUUAAUGAUCCAAGCCAAACACAGCUCACUGUUGUGCUCUGCUAAGUACUUCCAACCUUCCUCCCGCAGUUUUCCAAUCCUGGGCAAGUAGCAACACCGAGACAAGUUUAGUAAGGCCCUAACAGCCAACAUAUAUGGCUGAUGGGCUACAUUCAACUUGAGAGGUCACAAGCUGUGCAGGUUUGAGCCAGAAUAUCUUCUUGAAGAACCAGUAAAAAGCCCAUGCACAUCAGCCAUGCUUUGUUUUGUUGUGCUCUUUUUCUGUUGGUACUUUGAAGUCUAUGGCUUGGAAAUUUCAUUUUAAUGACUAAGGUUAUAUGAGAUGUGUAUUUUGAACUCAGGAUGCUGGUUUCAGUAACCUAUUCAAAUGUUUUCUUCCAGAAGUGACAAAGACAUCACAGGGUGAUUUUAUCUCUUAGAGAGCACAACAUUUACCUGAACGUUUCUCCAUAUGAAUGUUGCUAGAACUACUUUGAUCAGAGAGUGUGCAUAUGCAUUUAUAUACCACACACAGAGUUUCAAAAUAAGUUUCAUUUUAAGAGAUGUAACAGAACCUGCCAACUACUCUCCCUUCAGCCAAAAAGGUAAUAAUAUGCUAGUAUGGCUCUCUGCCCCGCUGCAUUUCUCUUUAAGCUACUAUUCCACUUAAUCUUCAAAUGUCUUUUCUGACUACAGAGUUUGAAGGCAGUUUAGAAGUGCUAGAGCACACCUUUUGGGAGGGGGGAUAAUGAUGGGGUGGAAUUCUGUGUUCACUUCUCUAGAUUCUAGUCUGCAUCAGAGAAAUCCAGUUUCCUGCUACAUGAAUAAGGCCUGCUCUUGCCAGGCAGCCACAGGUCCACACUCUCCCUCUUUCCCCUGCCUCUGCUGCAGAGCCAUGAUGGCAAUAUCCUGGCCUGUUAAAACUACAGCUCAUUCAAAGCUGGGAGUGGUUAGGGUUAUGGAUGUGAAACCAACGUCACACUGCAUGUUUAAGCCACAGGGCCCCACCUUUGCACAAGCCACAGAGCUGUGGAUUAAACAACUCCUGGCUAUGUUGCUUAAUUGUGCUUACUAUGCUACUAAGGAUGCAGCUGCUUAAAUAAAAAAUAAGUAAGUGGCUUAGUGGUCCAAGAAGAGCCAAGUGGGAAGAUGCUGGUCUCUAUCCCCCACCAACUGUAGUGGACACCAAGAAACAAGAGCUUUCUCACUUCUAGAGCUUACUAGGACUGUCUCAGGAAUGAACAGGUGUAAUUCCAUAUGCAGGACAACACAUUGUCUUCAAAUGUUAAUAUCUUAAAGUUAAUAUAUUCAUAGCGAAAUUCCCAUGGGUAGAACUGGGAUUUCGACCAGUGAAAUAUUUCAAAUUUGUACCUUUGGUGGGCACGUGCAUAUCCACUCAAACGUUAGCAGAGUCCAUACUGGACACAAUAUACCUCUUAUGAAACACACUCAAGUUUUCAUAUCAGUUCAUGCUUCCUGAGUGGAGUGGUUCCAGGUGGGGAAAUGAUAUAUAUAUAGCUUGGCUUCGUCACUUUGUCACCUAUUGAGAUCACCACCACCUCACUUGGAAAUAGGUUUCACUGCCAUUUUGAAGGUCAUCUAUAAAACUCUUUAUAAAGUAUUUCUGCUUCCCAGGAGACCUUGUGCGUGAUUGCUUAAGUGUAUUGCAGCAACUCAGAAGAUGAGUAUGAUUAAACCUGUGUUCUUGAUUGCUCAAAAUCUGUAAAAUUCUUUAACAAUUAUUUCUUAAGCAUCUGUGGUUGAAUCACUUUUGUUAAAUGUUUAUUGUAUAAUGUACCAUUGAUGGUUCCAGAGGGUAGCAAAUUAAAAAUAAGUGCAUGUAAUGCAAAAUAAGAACAUAAAAUGGUUUCAAAGGGACAAAGAUGGUGGACAUUCCAUGGACAAAUAAAGCUACUAUAAUGCUAUGUAACAUUUAGUAAGUGCCAACCAUGUCCUAGAAGAUCCCUCUUUGGAAAGAAGGCAGGGAUAGCAAUUUUGAUGACAGAUUUCCAUCAUCUUUUGAACUAUCUGGGUUAUCCAGGCCUACUUAUUUAAUAGCCUAAACUCUAAAUGUGAAGGGUAUCUGGUAUUUAGCAACUGAUGAGAUCAACAAAAAGGAGGGGGGGGAGGGAUUUUGAUAUGCUAUAGUCUGCUAGACAGAAAAGAACAUUGCUAUUGAGCUGUAUUGCUAAUUUAAUUUGUCUACAAUAUAGUAAUUUCUUUGCCUAAUAAACAGUUAUUAACACCUGA